AUGACAAGAGAUACUUCCCGACAUGGGGAGCGCAUAAUUUUGACAACCUACCCUGGUCAAAGCGUGGUGAACCCAAUCUCACUAGAAUGGGGCAAGAUAAAUCCCGAAGAACGAGGCCCAGUCCUAGUUUCACGAAACAAGAAGACCAUCGCACGCCGCAAUGCUAUCGGCGCACACGGCGGAAGUUAUUCAAUCUACAAUGCUUUAGCAGUUGCCGCCGGUGACCUUCCUCCCGAUUUCAAACCCAGUUUCGAAAAUACCCAGCCCAUCUUCAAUUUUCCUCCGCAGGAUGCUUGGGGUGAUAAGACGAAGAUCGUUGCUAUGGAUCCCUUCGGUCACGACACGGUGAAGCAUUUCAAGAAGCAUCUUGAUGAUGGAAUCGAUGUUCGGCCGACUAUUGCUGUCACACGGGCCACGAUGCGAUUGGCUGAAAUUACCGAUUCUAUUCGUGAAGGUCGACUACAAGUUGAUGGGGAUAUCGUGAUUAGUAAAGAAGGUGAUGUUCGCGUGACAAAAGCAGCAGUCGAGCCUGUGUGGUACCUGCCUGGUGUUGCCGAGCGAUUCGGAAUCGAUGAGGGUACUCUUCGACGCACGCUCUUUGAGCAGUGUGGUGGAAGUUUCCCGGAAUUGAUUACUCGCCCAGAUAUUAAAGUCUUUUUACCUCCUAUUGGUGGCCUGACUGUCUACAUCUUUGGAGCACCCGAGAAGGUGUCAGAUCCCAACGUCAAGCUUGCUCUUCGUAUUCACGAUGAGUGCAACGGAUCAGAUGUUUUCCAAUCUGACAUUUGCACAUGCCGACCAUACCUAGCAUUUGGUAUUGAGGAAGCUAUCAAGGAGGCCCAGAAUGGUGGAUCUGGAGUUGUGAUUUACUUUCGAAAAGAAGGACGCGCGCUGGGUGAGGUCGUGAAGUAUCUCGUUUAUAAUGCACGCAAGCGUGGUGGUGAUACGGCCGACAAAUAUUUUGCUCGCACGGAGAACAUCGCAGGAGUGAGAGACAUGAGAUUUCAAGCUUUGAUGCCUGACAUUCUCCACUGGCUGGGUGUCAAGAAGAUCGAUCGCAUGCUCUCCAUGUCAAACAUGAAGCAUGAUGCGAUUGUGGAUCAAGGAAUUCCCAUAUUGGAAAGAAUCCCCAUUCCAGAUCAUAUGAUCCCCGACGAUUCCCGUGUAGAGAUUGAUGCCAAGAUUAAUGCUGGUUAUUUCACCACAGGCAAGAAGUAUACAGAUACAGAGUUGGCACAGGUCCAGGGUCGAGGAUGGGAGAAUUGGGAAGAUGUCGAGCAUUAA